UCUUGAUCUUGCCUCAGAGACUAAACUGCUGAAGAGGACAUCUGACGCCAUGAAAGGUUUAAGAACUCUUGCGGCGUACGCACUUGCGCUCUUACUUCUGGCGACGUUUGUGUCCCAUUCCUGGAGCGCGCCAAAGGGAAGCUUUCAGCGCAGGAACUGGACACCCCAAGCAAUGUUGUAUCUGAAGGGCACACAGGGAAGGCGCUUUGUAGCAGAGGACAGAAACGAAGGGGACUUAUACGACACAAUUCGUUUGGAAUCACGCAGCCAAAACACAGAAAAUCUGAGUGUCUCCAAAGCAGCUGCAUUUCUCUUAAAUGUCCUCCAACAAGCAAGAGAAGAGGGUGAGCCUUACUGAAACCAGCUACAAGUGCACUAACAAUCUCCCUCUGAAAUCUGAAUAUUUCCAUUUUUGUGAGCCAUGCGGAAUGAAAUGUUUAAAAAAGUUCAUCCUCAGCUUUUCUGAUGAUUCUACACUCAUCACUGUUUGAAGACAAUUACAGUUAGAUAUGUGCCUCUUCUGUCACACUGUGAUUCACUGGAGCUGUUUGUGUCAUUCCACUUAUAAUUAGUCACUGUAAGCCAAAGAAUAUAGCAAGACUUACAGAAAGGUAUUUUCAUUUGUUUUUGUUUUAUUUCAGGUGAGAUAAUGGGUUGUUUUUUCAAGACAUAUCCAUAUCCUGGAAAAGAGACUAUUUAUGAUGAUUGAAAUGAUGUGUAUUAUAAAGUGACUGUACAGGGUUUUUUUCCCCCCUUUUCAUUUUCUCACACUGAAUCAACAUUUGAAUUCAAUACCAUGUAAAAUACAUACGAGAAUGUGUUUAAUUAAACUAAAUUUGCACUGAAAUCUGCCAUAGUGUGUGAGACUUUUUAAUAAACCAUUAGUGUGAUGUUUGACAAUUAUGUAUAUUGUUAUUGUAAUUGUUUUGGAGAAAUUAUGGCAUAGAUGGAGGGAAAAAGAAAGCCUUGUUUCGAAUAUUAUAGCUUCACUUUAUCAAUAUCCCAGAUCUGUUGAAAAGACUUGAAGGAAGACCUCGCCACACAUCAACAGUAUGGCGGAACACCAAAACAAAAGGGCUGAAGGAAGUUAUUUCCCACCAAUAUCUCACCAGUUGAACAAACUGUACAUGGCAUUCGAUAUAUUCAAGAUACCUUCUAAUUCAGUGUAAUUUAGUGGUUCUCAACUGGUUUUGCUUCAGGACCCAGAUUUUAAACUGGGCACCAAGUGGCAACCCAACACCAAAAUUCUUUAUUGUACAGAAGUAUAUAAAAUGCCUUGGACAAUCAUUGAAAGUAUUUAAUAACACAGUUUUCAAGGAUGAGGGCAUGUCAUGCAAGCUGUCCAUGUUGGCUUCUGCUUACAUUUCCAAGCUUCUACCAAAUUACUUAAUGAAUUUUCGCCAAUACAAUUUGAUUGGAAGCACAGCCUUUGCCAACAAUAAAAGAUAUGUGUAGCGUUUUCUCACUUUAAAAGUUUAUAAGGCUAUAUAUAUAUAUAUAUAUAUAUAUAUAUAUAUAUAAUAUUUUUUUUUUUUUUUUU